AUGGUGUCGCGCGCCGGGCAGGGCGUGCUGCAGCGCCCGACCGUAGCCCACUUUCCCCCUGAUCGGUGGGAGACCCGGGAAGUGAGGCGACGUGGCUCCUUUUGCUGUCGAGAGACGGAGAGUUUUCCUUCUUACGGUCCAAGGGAGAUUGUUACAGGAUUUGACUAUAAAGAGAAAAAUGCUGGCAUGGUUUUCAUCUCCACUGAGAGUUUCCAAACUCUUCCAUAUUUUCUUCCCAAAUGGGAACAUGAAAUACGUUCUGAAACCCCCGAGUCAAGUGAAGAUGUUAAAGAUAUCUUUGCCAGAGCAAGAAAUGGAAAAUACAGACUUCUGAAAAUAUCUAUUGAAAAUGAGAAACUUGUGAUUGGAUCGUGUAGUCAACCUUCAGAUUCCUGGGAUAAGGAUUAUGAUUCCUUUGUUUUACCCCUGUUGGAGGACAAGCAACCGUGCUAUAUAUUGUUCAGGUUAGAUUCUCAGAAUGCCCAGGGAUAUGAGUGGAUAUUCAUUGCAUGGUCUCCAGAUCAUUCUCAUGUUCGUCAAAAAAUGUUGUAUGCAGCAACAAGAGCAACUCUGAAAAAGGAGUUUGGAGGUGGCCACAUUAAAGAUGAAGUAUUUGGAACAGUAAAGGAAGAUGUAUCAUUACAUGGAUAUAAAAAAUACUUGCUGUCACAAUCCUCUCCUGCCCCAUUGACUGCAGCUGAGGAAGAAUUACGACAGAUUAAAAUUAAUGAGGUACAGACUGACGUGAGUGUGGACACUAAGCAUCAAACACUGCAAGGAGUGGCAUUUCCUAUUUCUCGAGAAGCUUUUCAAGCUUUGGAAAAAUUGAGUAACAGACAGCUCAACUAUGUGCAAUUGGAAAUAGACAUAAAAAAUGAAAUAAUAAUUUUGGCCAACACAACAAAUACAGAACUAAAAGAUUUGCCAAAGAGGAUUCCCAAGGAUUCAGCACGUUACCAUUUCUUUCUGUAUAAACAUUCUCAUGAAGGAGACUAUUUGGAGUCCAUAGUUUUUAUUUAUUCAAUGCCUGGAUAUACAUGCAGUAUAAGAGAACGGAUGCUGUAUUCUAGCUGCAAGAGUCCUCUGCUAGAAAUUGUAGAAAGACAACUACAAAUGGAUGUCAUUAGAAAGAUUGAGAUAGACAAUGGGGAUGAGCUGACUGCGGACUUCCUUUAUGAAGAAGUACACCCUAAGCAGCACGCACAUAAGCAAAGUUUUGCAAAACCUAAAGGUCCUGCAGGAAAAAGGGGAAUUCGAAGACUAAUUAGGGGUCCAGCUGAAACUGAAGCCACUACUGAUUAAUAUCAUUAUAUUAAGUGUUACAAUACUAGUUUUUUAAAAGUCCAACUUUUAGUACAGGAGAACUAAAAUCAUUCCAUGUUGAUAUGUAGUAGAGAAAAAAUUUGAACUUUUUGAAAAAUAGCACUUUUCACUUCUGUGUGUUUUUAAAAUUAAUGUUAUAGAA